UACAAUGGCAUUCACAGGAGCUAUUUUUCUCCCAUCUGCUUGGUGUCAUUUCUGGACUGGGAAACUAGAUGAAAAACACGUAGAGGAAAACAAAGCCUCAAAAAGAGCCACAGCCGAAAGCUCGGUCUGUUUUCCUGCCCAUUAUUUGGAUUUCUAGACUUCUAAUGUUGAGAAUGGCUUAAAUCUCAGAAACAACAGCACUGAGGUCAAAACUCCCGGGCAGCCAGAUCUCAUGCUGACACACACUUCCAUGCGCUCAAAGCUGACCGAUGCCAAAAGCCGACUUAACGUCUGAGACACCAUGAAGACCCCAAAGAAGAAUAUCCAGCUUUAAAGGAGAAAACUGAAACAGGAAAAAAAAUGUCGGUGGAAGAGCUGUCCGCAAACAAUCAAAACCUUCGGCAGCAAAUUGGUGAGCUGAGAGAAACCGUCGCCUGCCUUGAUUCCGAAAACCGGGAGUUGCUGGUCGAGAACGGAUGCAUCAAAGACCAGAACCGUUGUCUCCAAAGCGCAGCCGACAGGUUCAAGGCCAUGAUUGAGGAGACGCAGAAAAAGGUGGAAGACAUCCGAGGGCGGAUGGACGUGGCCCACCAGAAGAUCCAUGAACUGGAAGUCCAGAACCAGUCCUUGGUGGACGCCAACAAAGAGCUCAGCAGGGAACUGCAGGAGGUCUCCUCGCAGAUGGCCCUCUUCCGAGACUACAAAGCCGCUCAGGAGAAAGACCUGCUGGAGAUGCAGAACCUCUCGGCAGAGGUCCGGAAGUACCUGAAGUUCCUGGAAGAGCGUCUGGAGGAGACGGAGCGCCAAUACCACCUGGAGAAGAGCCGGUCCUCCGAGCUGCGGGACAAAGUGAGCGCUCUUCUCCAGCUGCGGGAGACGCAGAGGAAAGACAUCAAAGACCUCCAAGCCCAGCUGGAGACGUGCGUCCAGCAGGCCACCAUCCUCCGGCUGGACCAGGAGAACCGGCUGCAACUGGGCUCCCUGAUGCACGAAAUCGUGGAGGCCAAGCUGGUGGACGUGGCGUUGAACCAGUCGAAGACGAGGAAGGUUCUGCAGUGGCUCUGGAGUCUGGGCAAAGUCCUGGUCAUCCUGGUGGUCGGCUGCAGCAUCCUCUUGUUCCUGGUCUUGACGUACACCUAUUUUUUCAACCAGGGGUUCAUCUCCGAGACGCUGCUGCUGUUCCUCAGCGAACAGAACAUCGAAAAAAUCGCUCAGGGGUUCUCUCAUUACCUGAUCUGGAGGAAUGAGGGCCUCCUGCCCUUUUGAAAAGCAACCCGUGCAGGUUUCCCCAAACAGGCCAAAUCAAUUUUUUUCUCUCUCUCUUGGAGUUCCUACCAAUUGAUCACAACAGUAGAAAUUUAUGGAUUUAAAAACAUUGUAAGAAUA